AAUUUUGAUGUAGUCAUGAGCACAGUUACUUGUAUGUCAGCUCUAAUAAAUACUCCAAUAUAUACGAUACAACACAAUAAAAUAAAAUUACACUGGCAGCUUUAGUAGCAAGACAGUCUCCGUUGCCUUCGUUGAAUAGUUAGAUUGCAGGCCAUACAAUGGCCAGCAUCUUGUCCGAUCUGCACCUGUGCUUUAGCACAAUUGUUGGAUCGCUGCACUUUGAGCGCCUGUUGCCAUGGCUUAAAAUGGCACUUGCCUAUUUUCUCAUUUGUUUUAUAGGCAUGUGGAGCAUUCUCUUACGAUCGAAGCGCAGCCGCGACCUGACAGAUUGGCUCUCAAGCUCGUUGGCCAAUCUCCAAAUUUGUUUUGUCAGCGCCUGGGGCACUCUCAUGCGAUUGGAAUCCCGCAGGGAUCUGUUGUUUUGGCUUUUACGUUCUUUUGGUUAUUUGUGUAUUUGGUUGAUGAAACGCUGCCAGGACGCUUUGGGUGCCUGCAUUGACUUCUGGUCCAAGCCGCAGGUGCGUCGCUGCCUUUACGCGAGCAGCCUCACACUCUGGCAGGAUGUGUACGGCAUGCCGAAUACCGGCCGUGUCGUCCUAUUUGGCAGUUGGCAGUCUAGCCGCAAUGACUGCUGGCUCAAGCGCGCUGCUAAGCUGAUUGACCAGGCCAAAAUGUGCCUGGACGUUGUGCUGCUGUCCGCCGACAAUGCCCGGUACCUGGACUGCAUAGUGGCUGCCCAUUGGCGGGGUGUCCGUGUGCGCAUUCUCGCCAGCGACAAAAUGCUGGCGGCCAAUGCUCCGCUCAUGCGGCGACUCUGUGCCGCCGGUGUGCCGGUGCGCUGCUACUCGGUCGGCGUCAUUUUCAGCUACAACUUUGCCAUAAUAGACAGUGAGAAGCGCGCCCUGGAGAUCGAAGCCACGCUGGAUGGGGUGCACACCAGCCUGUGGCGUCUCAGGGGCAACCUGAUAGGGUGUCUCAAGUUUUUCGAGCUGGGCCUGUUCAACCAUGGGAAAAUAAUCUAUAGGCCUAACAAUUACCACUAUCAAAAGUUCUUUGAUGAAUGGAACUUCUUGUACCCCGUAACCCUGCCCUAUUUUAAAGCAUACAAUUGGAUAUGAGAUGCAAAGACGGCUUUGCUGCUGCUGUUACUGCCUGUUACUGCUGCUGCUGCUGCUGUUACUGCUGCUGCUGCUGCUGCCGGUAAAAAAAAGCACAAAGCUUCGGCUCUCCAUCUCUGGCUCUCUCCCAUUGAACUUUGAUUCAGUCGCUCUCCGCUCUUCGCUCUGCUUCAUCUGUUACUGUUUCUGUUACUUGCUCUUGUUCUUGUUAUUUUUACAUUGGCAAUUGGUCGGGCAGCUGCAUUGUCUCGACACCGUUAGUGUGCUUGUCGUUCUCUCAGCGAUUUGCAUAGCGUGGCGUGGCGUGGCUCUCUGGCUUUCAUUGUUGUUGAUUUGCAUGCAGUAAACACUUUUAUUGUUGGCCUCCAUUUGCGCUGUGGUGUGUGGUCUGCUCACAAUAAAUGACAUUACUUGUAUACCCUUUACCGAGGGCAGAAUCACUAUACUC